AUGACUAAAUCUCCCCUUACGGCAGCACCGCCCAUUGCGGUGGUGCCUGACGUUGCCAAGUCUAACGUUGAUGUCAGUGCCAGUGCCAGCGAGACCGAACUGUCUCACUCCGAUGCGAAGACAAGAGAACGAAGUGGAGUCACGUUUGAUACAGCUGGCCUUGGUCCGCAGCUCUACAAACCAAUCGAGAAGUACGAGGGCAAGCACAGAUACGACCCCGAUUUCGAGUGGGAGCCGGAGGAAGAAAGGAAAGUGGUGAGGAAGAUUGAUAAGAAAAUCUGCACCUGGGUCUGCUUGAUGUUCUUCGCCCUCCAGCUAGAUCGUGGAAAUAUCUCCCAAGCCUUGAGUGACAACCUGCUGAGCGACUUGAAGCUCAACACGAACGACUACAACUAUGGGCAAACAAUCUUCUACGUCAGCUUCUUGGCUGCCGAGUUGCCGUCGCAACUCAUCAGCAAGAAGCUGGGUCCGGAUAACUGGAUCCGUAAGGUAUCGUGGAGUCUUGUCGCCAGUAUGCAAGCUUUCUUGAGUGGUCGUAAAUCGUUCUACGCAUGCCGUGCGCUUCUGGGACUCAUCGAGGGCGGCUUCAUUCCCGAUAACAUUCUCUAUCUCUCGUACUUCUACACUGGCUGGGAGCUGCCGGCAAGAUUGAGCUGGUUCUGGGUCUCGUACCAGUCCACACAGAUUGUGUCCGCAUUCCUAGCUUACGGCAUUCUUCGUCUUCGCGGUCACAAUGGAAUGGAAGGAUGGCGAUGGCUCUUUGCGCUCGAAGGAAUGCUUACGGGUCUCAUUGGUAUCGUGUCUUGGUUCUACCUACCGCCGUCGCCUACGCAGACAGCUAGCAAGUUCCGCGGGAAGAAUGGCUGGUUCAAUGAGCGAGAGGAGAAGAUCAUGGUAAACCGCAUUCUUCGAGACGAUCCGUCAAAGGGCGACAUGCACAACCGCCAGGCGUUGUCUUUCAGGAUGUUCUGGGAGUGCAUCAAAGACUACCAUAUGUGGCCCAUUUAUCUACUGGGCUUAUCAUGGCUCAUUCCCUCGUCACCCAUGACAUCCUACCUCACGCUCCAGCUUCGAGCAAUCGGCUUCGAUACCUUCCAGACCAACCUCCUCACUAUCCCAGCUUACGUCAUCUUCAUUCUCCAACUCCUCUUCUGGACUUGGAUCUCUGAAAAGAUCAACGAACGCUUCCUCAUCGGCCUUUGCUCGCAGAUCUGGGUCCUCCCCCUCGUCAUCGCCCUCGAAUUCCUCCCCAAAACCGCCUCAUCGUGGUCUCGCUGGAGCCUCUCCACACUUCUCGUCGGACACCCAUAUGUGCAUGCCAUUCUCGUCGCCAUCACCUCGCGCAACGCUGGCACAGUGCGCACGCGCACCGUCGCUUCGGCUAUGUACAAUAUGUGCGUGCAGGCUAGCAGCAUCAUCUCGCAGAACAUCUAUCGUGAUGACGAUAAGCCGCUGUAUAGGAGGGGAAACAAGGUGCUCAUUGCGAUUACGGUGUAUAACUUUGUACUGUUUAUAGGCGCAAAGGUGUAUUAUACGACGAUUAAUCGGAGGAGGGAGAGGGUUUGGGGAGGGAUGAGCAAGGACGAGAAGGAGAGGUAUUUAGAGACGACGUCGGAUAAGGGGAACAAGCGGCUCGAUUUCCGUUUCGCGCACUGA